CCGUCGGAUAGUUAUCGGAGACUAGUAGAAUCUUUGUUGUGCCAAGAUGGCCGCCGGAGACGGUGAUGUUGCCGCUGUAAGCGAAACUUUACAGUCGAUGCAACAGCAGGCCAAGAAAUUUUUUGAAGGGAUGCAAAUGGUAUCGGGAGCUCCCUACACUUGUGAAGAUGCCAGAGCAGACUUAUUUGGUCUUUCCUCCAUGGUUGACACUCUUAGUGAUAAUCUAGUAGGAUCUGGCCUGUAUGCCAUCCCUGUGGACUCUGAGAUACAGCAGUUGGAUUGCCAAGCAACUGUUCGCAAGGGCCUAGAAGAUGCAGAAAACAACAGAAUCUCCUUGCAACGAGUUCAGAUGAAUAGCUCGAUUAUUAACAGGACUAUGCUGAUGCCUAAAAAAUAAAUAGAAUUUUAUUUACUUAGGACACAGUUUAUUCAAACCUGGAGAACCAUUUUUCACUAGAUAAUGAGUGUACAAACCAAGGGUGUGAUGGAGCUCUGGUGUUUUCCACCUAAUAUUAUUUUGGGGGGAUAAGCUGCCUCCCCCAAAAAAAUGAGCAUAACAAAGCUGAAUGUGAGAGAACAUUAUAAUAUACAAUGUUUGCUGAAGGGAAGGGGGCUACAAAGAAGAUAAAGAAAAUAAACUUGUUCAUCAAAAGCAUUGUUCAUUGGCUUACCCCUAGAUGGCUUCCAGUCACACCAGCUCACAGUAAUGCGUUGACCAAUCAUAGGAAACAAUUCACUGUGAAUUCAAAACUUGAUUGACUGGAGUGAGAAGAAGUUGUAGCAGUUAAGAAAUCAUGGCGAAAGUUCUCAGAAUACUCAAAAUCACAGUUAGAAGGCAACCUCUAUUUUAAUAGGGCCACUUCUUUGCAAUAAACAUUGAAAUUGAA